AUGACCGGUCAUCAACGCAAGGUGCAAACGCACCAGCCUCAUCGCGGUCCGCCGCUGUCGACGCUCCGUGCUCGUCUGUGGAGCGUGGUGCUUCUGGCGACAAUGAUUUGCGUCUGGGUGUCCACUUCGCCCACGUCGGCUCGCGACAUCAACCUGCGCGUGUACGGCGGUCAAAAGCGUGGUCUCGACCCCGUCGAGGCCACUACGCAAGACCACGCGCACAACAAGCGCGAUGACGGGCUCAAUCUCGAAAAGCGCUUUACAAGCACUCGCAAUGUGGAGCUGGGCGCUCCCUCUAGUCGAGACGAGAGCAGCGCCGCUAUAGCGUUCAACGGACUUGACAAGCGCUCGUCCGAGUCGGAGAAGCCCAAACCAUGCGACCCGUGCUGUAAAAAUGCUUGCGCGUACUACAACAAUUGCAACAACAUUUGUCUCAGGAGCCCGACCUGCAAGGUCUGUCAGCCUCCACCAAAGCCCCCUGGAUCGAAGAGUCGCCGCGACCUACCUGCUCCACCAAAUGCCGACGAGAGCAACACGGGUCACGUCUACGAUAAGCGCACCGCCGACGGCCCUUUCGACACCGGUAUCGGUACGCCAAGCUCUCUCCAUGAGCGAGACGCUGGAGGCAGUCCACCGCAAAUCCAGUUGGCCGACUCACACCUCGUUUCCAAGCGCGAGCUCGUCGAUUUGAAGCCUGCCGCCGCUUACCUCACCGAGCGCAACAAUGGACCGUGCGAUGCUUGUUGCUCUAACACUUGUUUCGUCAACGGUACCUGCGACAAACCAUGCUACGGUCCUAGCACGUGUAGUGGCUGUCCUGGCUUCAAGCUCCCCCCCGCGCACGCCGAACCGGCUCUUAAGCGAGAAGAGCCUCUGCUAUCGCCACGCGAAGACUUCGAGCACGGAGACGAUAACCACGCCUCCGGCCAUGUCAAGCGCAGCCGAGCCGACCUUUCUCAUGCGGCGACAGUCGAUGCUCUCGAACGUCGCGACUUGGUCUGUUCCCCUUGUUGUCCCUCGGUCUGUGCAGCCUUUGGUCUGUGCGGCACCACCUGCCUUGGACCGUGCGACUGCGGCGUCGCCAAACGGUCGGCCGUCUUUGCAGAAAUUGCACCCCGAGAGCAUUACGAUGGAGAUGCCGUUCCGACCCAGAAACGUGAUCCUCAGGCACACCGCGGUGUCAGUCGCUUACCUCGUGCUCUCCCGGAGACUUCAACCGCGCUGGAACACGGUGCCGCUUCUCGCACUACGAAGCGGAGCGUCAUCGGUGGUACCGAGGCAAGAAACCUUCAGACAUCCACUGUCCCAGCCAUCUACUCGCGCACUGAGGUGAGUCCACUUUUGCAAGAGCACAGGGAUUCGCUGGGACUCCAGCGCCGCAAUGUCCCGCCAGAACGCCUCCCGCCCAUUCAUUGCGCCAAAUGUUGCUUCAAGCGAAACUGCGCGUCGUCUACUGAUUGCAACCAUUGUCCACACGAACAGCGCCGUGAUAUGCACCUUCAGCUUCCGACUUUGCACAAGCGUGGCUGCGAUGCUUGCUGCAACGUGCCUUGCGGAUGUGCCGGUGUCAAGAACGCCGAUUGCUCCACCUGCUCGGACACUCUGAGCGGAAUUGCGCCUGCACCUCAAGCAGGAUGCGAGACCAAUCCGUGGAUCAAAAGGAGCCCAUCGACACCUCCAUCUCUAGACCGGCCACUCUCCGGCCGCGAACUCAAAUCGUUGGCCAGAGCUGACGUGGACUCGAGCACACUAUCGCAGCGACGUGUUGAAGAGGUCAUGGUCAGCUCCUAUGAUUGCCCAGCGUGCUGCGCUUCAAAAACGUGCUUUGUCUGCGACUGCUCCAGCGGAGCGCUUUCGCUUGCUGAACGCAAGGCUGCAUCGCCCCUCACGAUCGAUGCGGAUGCGGCCACACGUCCGCAACGAAGAUCCGAGCUCAUGGAAGGAAGUCCAGAUAUUUGUCCUGCGUGCUGCACCAACCCUGGCUGGUGUAACGGCGCCUGCGGCUGUGGUGGUGAUUAUCGACCUCGCUCACUCUCUCUGCCAGGAGCGCGCUUGACUGCAAGUGUCGCCGAAUCACUUCAAGACAGAACGACUCACGCGGCUCGUCGUGUCUCUGCCAUGGACUUCGACAGCGAUCCGCCCGGUCAACUGCAGCAACGCAGCGAGCUUGUGGCCCUCGAUACGAUCGACUGUCCUACGUGCUGCGCCAAUCCAAGCACGUGUUCCGAGUGCGAGUGUUAUGAGACACCGCCUCUCGACGCGAAUCUCGCGCACAGAGAGCUCACGAUUGCCUCAGUCACGCACCUCGAACGACGCACCGAGUUCGCAAAAGACACGGGCAUUCUGCGCACAAGAGAUGGCACCAAAGACUGUCCUCCGUGUUGCUUGUCUCAAUCGUGCGCUCCAGGGACAGUCUGCACCGGCUGUCAACCGCCUGCCACAAAUGGUCUCGAAGCGCCAGAAAGCCUUUUGACCGGGCGCGCCGAGCGCAGAAAUGUCCGAGACACAUCAACUCUAGCGAUGCGCUCUCCGCAGGGUGGCACACAAGAGGCCAGCAUCUUGAAGGUGCGGGCACCUCAAAACGAAGGUCCAUGCGAAGAUUGUUGCUUCGACGUAGUGAUUCCCUGCGGAAUCGAGCACUGCUCCGGCUGCCCUGGGUACCAAGCUCGCUCCAUUGCUUCCCCUGUGGAAGGCGCAUCCGUAAGCUUGACUCAGUCGCUGGACCGCAGAGACGCCAAAGGUGAGUCCCACUCGUCCGUUGGCACGCCUUCCUUCGUACUCUGACACGCUUCUUGCGCGAUCCACAGACAUGUUAUUCGGUCACCCUGCUCAGACUCGCUCCGUCCGCGACGAGAAUGAAGGGAAAGACAUGCCUACAUUGUAUGUUCGGACCUCUCACUCAAGUCAACCGGCAAGCACGGUAGGUUGUCCUCGUUGUUGUCUUGCAAAAAAACCUUGCACCGUUGGCUGCCCUACGAAAUGUAAACCGCCUACGCAGCUGGCUCUGUCGCACACCGAUGAAUUCCUGGACUCGCGAGAGGCAGUCCCUACCAGUAUCAACAGCGCGAGCGACAUCGCCUUGCAUUCUCGACAAAAGCCCGAAUGUCCUCUUUGCUGUUACUCAGGGUCAGCACCGUGCCCCGGCUUGUGUCCGCGAGGAUGCGGUGACGGCGCUGCAGCACUCGCCGAGCGCUCCUUUGGUGGCAGUCGCGAUUUACACAGCACCGCGCUGA